AUGAACCCAAACAAUGCCGCGCGAUUGACCACACCCAUGUCAUCAGAGUCUCCUCAACUCUACGAAGAACAUCAGAAAUUCGAGCCACUGAGCCCCGAAUCGAUUGCCAGCCCUUCUCCAGAACCAAGACUCUAUCAAUACGAAUGGGCAACAGAUCCAUAUGAUAUCACAAACCGCCUGGCCCCUCCCGAAGUCGCUAUUCGCAACCACUUAUUCGCUGUCGAGUUUCGAGUGUCGAGCUCAGACUUCUUCAGAGCGGAGGUCAGAUUCUACGCGAGAGUCUACCCAGACUACGAAAAAGCAUUUCUUUUGGGUUGCGAGCGCGUGACAGCAAACGAACGGUACCGCGCAGCGCUUUUCAUUCCACAAAAAGGGGUGUAUGGUGUCGAUGUUCAAAUCCGCCCUGAUCGUUCAGGAUUCCAUAUAGGGCUGGUAAAACAUCGGUAUUUGACAACUGUGUACGAUGAAAGUGAUGGAAUGCGUGUGCCAAUUGGAACCCUUGAAUAUAGAGCUGUCUUUGGUGAUGACCAUCGUCAGGAGGAAGACCUGGAACCUACUACCGAGUCAAAUAGUCAGGCGCCAAUUGAAGGGAUACAAUCCCAGACGAAUACUGAUGUUCAAAAGACGGAUGAUAUUUUCGCCCAGUGGUUGAGAUUUAGUCCACAACAUUAG